CACGGCGGGGAUAAAGCAAGAUGGCGUGUGGCGGUGUUCAGUGUUCCUAAUCUGUGCCUCCAUGUACACAUAUAUGUCCUUUAUUAGACUCUAUUAAAUAUAGUAAACAUUGUUAAUAACUGUUUGCAUCCGGUUGUAUUAGUCUGAGCGCACUUUGAUGCUUCUCGAGCAAGCUUAGCCUGCUAGUUAGCUUAGCUUGUUAGCUGCUAACAAAGAGAGGCGGAAGUGAUCAAAACACAUCGCUAAGCAGAGAUCAAGUGUGAGUGUAAAGUGUUGUGAUUGUGUGAAAAUGUGCGAAAGAACGAUAGCAAAGUACGAGGAGGAACUUUGUCCAACAAAAGAGGAGAAGAAGCGACGACAUCAAAAACAUCAAGUUGUGUUACACAGAACAGACAUCCAUCAGCUGAUUGAACACCAAGAAGAAUGUCUCCCUCAUCUGCAGGGGGACAGUUUGACUUUAGAGUAUCCACAGCCCUCACAUUUCAAAGGGGACAAGGAGGACCCACAGCCCCCUUAUUUUAAAGAAGAAGAGGAGGGAGAGUGUCCUGUAAGGCAGGAGGAGGCUGAUCUCAGCAAGUUUCCACUGACUGUUGUUUCUGUGAAGACUGAAGAGCAUGAAGACAAACCACCUGAGUCCUCACAGCUUCAACACAGUCCAAACCUCGAUGAAGAACAUCUUCCUCAUGAGCAGGAGGAGGAACCACAGUCCCCCCACAUACACGAGGGAGAAGAGGUACCACAUUCCCAACACAUCAAAAAGGGAGGAGAAGAGCCACAGCCCCCCCACAUUAAAGAGGAAGACAAGACGCCACAGACCCAUAAUGUUAAACUGACCCUUCACAUUAAAGGGCAAGCGGAGAACCCACUGAUCUUACACAUCAAAAAGGAAGAGGAGGACCCACUGACCCCUCACUUUAAGGAGCAAGAGAACCCGCUGACCCCUCACAUUAAAGAGGAAGAGGUGGACCCACUGACCCCCUACUUUAAAGAGGAAGCGGAGGACAAAAAGCCGCCGCACAUUAAAGAGGAAGAGGAGGAACACCGCAUCAGUCAGCCUAAAUGGUUGGAGGAGUUCCCAGUGACUGGUGUCCCUGUGAAGAGUGAAGAUGAUGAGGUCAAAGGUGAAAGUGAGGAGAAGAGAGAGGCGGAGCCUCCAAGCAGCAGCUCAACACAACACAUGACAACAGAAGCUGAUGGAGACCACUGUGGAGGAUCACAAGCAGACAAGCUCUUAGCUCCACUAUCAGAUAGUGAGGACACAACGUCACACUCUCCUGACACUGAUGAUGAAGACUCUAAAGAUGAUAAGAUAUGUCACACUGACAACACUCACUUCAAGUGUUCUCACUGUGACAAAACCUUCAAAUACCAUAGUAAGCUGAAAGUACACAUAAGAAUACACACUGGUGAAAAACCUUUCAUCUGUUCAAUCUGUGGUAAACGUUUUAGUGUAUGUCACAAUUUGAACGUACACAUGAGAACACACACUGGUGAAAAAACAUUUUCCUGUUCAAUCUGUGGUAAAGAUUUUACACAAAGUCACUAUUUGAAAGUACACAUGAGAACACACACUAGUGAAAAACAUUUUUCCUGUUCAACCUGCGGUAAAAGUUUUACAGAAAGUCAGAAUGUGAAAAGACACAUGAGAACGCACACUGGAGAAAGACCUUUUUCCUGUUCAACUUGUGGUAAAGGUUUUACACAAAGUCAACAUUUGAAAAGACACAUGAGAACACACAAUGGAGAAAAAACUUUUUCUUGUUCAACUUGUGGUAAAUGUUUUACAAAAAGUCAUUUUUUGAAAAGACACAUGAGAACACACACUGGUGAAAAAUCACAUUCCUGCUCAAUCUGCAACAGAAGCUUUUGUGAACGAUCAUACCUUGUAAGACACAUGAGAAGAAACAAGAGAGAAAGUGUUGAGUUGCAGUGUGUGUGGUGAAAGAUUCUCUUAUAAGUACAAGUGUAAUAAAACACAAGUGUGCUGGUGAGAGCAGCAGCAGCAAAUGAAACUGCAGGAUUUAUAAAUGAUAAAUGGGUUGUACUUGUUCAGCGCUUUUCUACCUUCAAGGUACUCAAAGCGCUUUGACACUACUUCCACAUUUACCCAUUCACACACACAUUCACACACUGAUGGAGGGAGCUGCCAUGCAAGGCGCCAACCAGCACCCAUCAGGAGCAAGGGUGAAGUGUCUUGCUCAGGACACAACGGACGUGACGAGGUUGGUACUUGGUGGGAUUUGAACCAGUGACCCUCGGGUUGCGCACGGCCACUAUCCCACUGCGCCACGCCGUCCCUUGAGAUUUGAAAUAAACUGUCCACACUUUCAUUUUAACUUUGUAACAACAUCAGCACAUAUAACAUGUGGGACAUUGUUGUUUGUGUAACAAUCUGUUUAAUAUGUUUCUAAAUAUAUGAUUGCUUUUUUCAGUCAAGUACGUACAUUAGUAUGCAAUCACAGUUCAGAGUGUCAGGCAAAAGCCAAUAUUGUACAUCAUCCCACAGAGAUUUACUGUACAUACAUUCAUAAAAUAAACUGUUUAUUUUGUUUCCCUAUCACAGAACGAAAACGUGUUGUCUUCAAUUGCAAAACAUCCUAAAAAUAAAUUCUAGUAGUCAAUUCUGUCUUUUUUUAUUAAAUGAACUCCUUUGUGUUUGGAAGAAUGGAAGCUUUCAAGUUACGGCUAUUGUUUUUGUUCCACAGAAAAUACAGUAAAGAAGAAAUAGUAAAUAAUUGAAAAACAUAAAAUGCUGUAAUUAAAGUAUUUUGAACGAAAGCCUUUAUAUAUAUUGUUUUGUAUAUUUUUCUAUUUGCAGGUCGUACUUAAUGAUGUCUUCAAAUAAUAAAAUACUUUUAUCACUCAAUAAGUGCAUCAGCGACCAAAUGCCUUUUUCAAACCAUUGCUGUACAAAGAUGGAUUUGUUUCUCAUUUAAUAUAACAACAAUUCCAUAGUGGAGUAUUGUGUGUGAUGAAAAUUAAUUGUAACUAAUUGUAAAUUAGUUUCCAGUACAACAACACUUGCUGGCAGGGAUGGGUACCGUUCACUUUUCAACCGAUACGGCACAGAUUACGGUACCCUGAAAUUGAUACCUGUUCUCAAUGUUCUGACUUUUUGGUGCUUUUGUGUGUGGUAAUAAUAUUGUUUGUG